ACGAUUAUUGCAGGUAGCAUUUAGCCAUUUAGCUUUGUUUGAACCCGUCCAUUGCUCAACUGCUUACUCAUCAGCGUCAGUGACUCAGAGAAAAACAAUAAUGCUUCAAUUAAAAUAUAAAAGCGGAGAAUUUGAAAUUAAAAAUGAUUUGUUCAUUUGUUGUUGCCUUACUCUAACAAUUGAUUGAUUAUAAGGAGAAAAGGUGGGGAGUGGUGGCUGUUGUGCGCUUUACAGUUCUGAGAUAAUGGCCUUCACAAGCCUUUCUGGUUCGGAGUCACCGGAAAGCAUCCAAACUCCUCUCCUACACGCCGUCGUUCAAGGCUCCGUUGGCUACAAUGGCCUCCCCAUCUACAGAUCAAAUUCCGGGGGUUGGAGAUCAGCGUCUUUCAUAUUAGUAAUGGAACUUGCAGAGAGGUUUGCGUACUUCGGAAUAGCAUCGAAUCUAAUUACGUAUUUGACGGGGCCAAUCGGUCAGUCGACGGCGACCGCGGCGGAGAACGUGAAUGCGUGGACCGGAACGUCUUUUUUAUUUCCUGUAAUUGGUGCUUUUGUUGCUGAUUCUUUUCUUGGAAGAUAUCGCACCAUCGUCGUUGGCUCUCUUAUCUGCAUAUUGGGUCUUGGCUUGUUAACUCUAUCGACUGCUAUUUCUUCUUUCAAUGCUUCUAAUUGUCCAAGCACCGAUAUUUCGACAUCUUGUUCUCCUAGCUCAUUUCAAGUAGUUUUCUUCUUCUUUUCUCUAUAUUUGGUAGCUUUUGGGCAAGGUGGGUACAAAUCUUGUGUUCAGGCUUUUGGAGCAGAUCAAUUUGAUGAAAAAGACCCUCAGGAGCGCAAAGCCAAAAGCUCGUUCUUCAACUGGUGGUAUUUUUCUAUGUGUUCAGGCAUCUUAGUAGCGCGACUAAUCAUAGUCUACAUACAAGACAACCUUAGUUGGACCUUUGGAUUUGGAAUCCCAUGUAUUGUGAUGGUCAUAGCACUAUUCAUCUUCUUACUUGGAAUUAAGACGUAUCGCUAUAGUGCCGAGGUGGAAAAAAAAAAUGCAUUUCAAAGAAUUGGACAGGUUUUUGUUGCAACCAUUAGAAAUUGGCGAUCUUCUUGUUCUGCUAUAGCUUUGGAGGAAGAAGCUUGUGGAUCGCCACCUCACCAUAGUUCUGAGCAAUUCAAGUUCCUUGACAAAGCCCAGUUUGUACCAAAUGACUCAAAGGAACUUGAGAAAGUGUGUAGCCUCAGUGACGUUGAAGAAGCUAAGGCAGUACUUAGACUUGUUCCCAUAUGGGCUUCAUGCUUGUUAUUUGGUGUUGUGGAUGUACAGUUCUCAACUUUAUGUACUAAGCAAGGAGCAACUAUGGAUAGAUCAAUUUCACCUGGUUUUGAUAUACCACCAGCUUCACUUCAAUCUCUUAUGAGCCUUUCUAUUGUUUCAUUCAUUGCAAUAUAUGACCGUAUCAUUGUUCCCAUAGCAAGGAAUGUAACCGGAGAACCUUCUGGCAUUACAAUGCUUCAGAGGAUUGGAACUGGGAUGUUUUUUUCUGCCCUGAGCAUGGCAAUUGCUACUGUAGUUGAGAUGAAGAGGCUUGAAAUCGCUCGAGAAUAUGGGCUAGUUGAUGAGCCAAAUGUGACAGUUCCAAUGAGCAUUUGGUGGCUGAUUCCUCAGUACGUCGCGGCUGGAGUUGCUGAUGCAUUGACCUCGAUUGGUAUGCAAGAAUUCUUCUAUGAUCAGGUCCCCAGAGAAUUAAGAAGUGUGGGUCUUUCUCUCUACAUCAGUGCCUUCGGUAUAGGAAGCUUUAUUAGCAGUUUUCUCAUCUCUAUCAUAGGGAGAGUCACUGGAGGGGAAGGUCGUGAUAGUUGGUUUGCUAAUAAUCUGAAUCGAGCUCAUCUUGAUUACUUCUAUUGGCUGCUAGCUGGACUAAGUACAGUACAAUUGAUUGCUUACUUGUAUGUUGCAAAAAAAUACGUAUAUAAAAGGUGAUGCACAAAAAUAAAUGCGGUGUUCAUAAUUGUUACAUGUGAUUGUUAUCAUAAAUGGAAAUUGUUGCCAACUUGUAAAA